CGUGUGCAUGUGUGGCUUUUGAACUGCCCACAGACUGUCACCGAGAGAAGCGGGAGGGAGGGGGAGAAAUGCAGCGGCAGCAGUAGCGGCGGCGCCGGCGUUACUCCAAGCAGCCACAGCUCCAGCCACUACACUCCCAGCCAGCGAGCGAGGGAGAUCUCCGGCGAGACUCAGCGGGCGCCAGGGCGAGCCGGGACCCCGCUCUCUCUCUCUCUUUGUGACCCCAGCCUCGCAGCCGCGCCAAAGGGGACAGAGGAGCAAAGGAACGAGGGCUCCAACAUGGGAGGCAAACUGAGCAAGAAGAAGAAGGGCUACAAUGUGAACGACGAAAAGGCCAAAGACAAGGACAAGAAGGCUGAGGGGGCGGCCGUGGAGGAAGGCGAGGCUCUGAAGGAGAACGAGCAGAGCCAGGCCACUACAACGGAGACGGCAGAAGUGAAGGAGAACAACCAGGAGGAUAAGCAGGGAGACAAGGAGGCCAAGAAGGCAGAAGAGAAAGAAGGGGAGAAAGAGACGGCUGCCCCGAGCCAGGAAGAGCCCAAGAAACCUGAGCUGGAGAAGCCCGAGGCUGUUGUCGAUGCCAAGGCUGAGCCUCCGAAGAACAACGAGGCCCCCAAGGCGGAGGAGCCCAGCCCUGCCGCUCCUCCUCCAGCCAGCAGCGACGCGCCGAAACCUUCUGAGCCCAGCAGCGAUGCAAAAGCUUCCCAGCCUUCAGAAGCCACAGCUACUAGUAAAGUAGAUGACAAGGGCAAGGAGGAAGGGGAAGUCAAAAAGACUGCGGCUCCUGCAGUACCCACAGCCCCCCAAGAAACUAAAAGUGAAGUGGCCCCAGCUUCAGACUCAAAACCUAGCAGCAGCGAGGCUGCGCCUUCUUCCAAGGAGACCCCGGCAACAACAGAAGCACCUAGUUCUACUCCUAAGGCCUCGGAGCCUGCGGCCCCGCCAGAGGAAGCAAAACCAUCUGAAGCCCCGGCAACUAAUUCGGAUCAAACCAUAGCAGUGAAAGAUUAAAUUUGGACAGCCUAUUGGGAAACGAAACGGCAGCAGCAGCAGCGGCAGCAACGACGACAAAUUAACCACUUUAAACAACCUGUGUAUUUUUAUUAUUAUUACCUCUCUCUCUCUCUCUUUCUUUUUUUUUUCCAGCUCUACUAACUCAUUUCAGAUCUGAAAUAACAAUAUGUAUUGCCCAGGAAAAAUAAAAAAGGAAAAAAACAAAGUUUAAAAAAAACAGAUUGUCCCAUCAAGUUGAAAGGGAGGGGGCUGGGGGGCUGGUUCUGGCAGAGGACAGGCUGGGGUGGGGAUCCAAAUAGUAUUUUUGUGGGGGAAAUAUCUAAUAUACUUUCUGCCAACUUUGCAAAGUCCUGUAUUUCAAUCAGUAGUUCAAAUAAGGCAACCCAGAUGUCCGAAAAUGCAGUACCUCUUUUUUUUUGUACGUGAACCGCUUCGUAAACGCACUCCACCAAUCUUUGGAUCUUUUCCUUUCUUCUUUUUCUCUAAUGGGGGGUUUGGGAGUGAUGAUGUAAUUGAAGAUUCUGCCCAGUUGGGCUCAGUGCCACACCAAUCAGAUCUUUAUGAAAGCAGUAUUUCCUGUGGUUUGUAUUUUUUUUUUUUAAUUUACAGCCUUUAUCAUUUUGUAUUUUUUAUGCAGUGGAUGAACGGCAGCUUUCAGACGAAACUCACACAGCUGUCCACAUUUUUUCUCAAUGCCAAUCCUCUGAUUCUUCUUCCUCUCCAAAUAUUUUUGGGAGUUAAAAAAAUAAAAAAUAAAAACAAAAAACAAAAAAAAACGCAUUCUCAUCCUACUUAGCCUACCUAGAUUUCUCAUGACGAGUUUAAUGCAUGUCCGUGGUUGGGUGCACCUGUAGUUCUGUUUAUUGGUCAGUGAAAAUGAAAAAAAAAAUUCUGCGUUCAUUGCAGUUCCAGUUUCUCUUCCAUUCUGUGUCACAGACACCAAUACACCACUCAUUGGGGAAAAAAACAAAACAAAAACAAACGAAAAAGCAAAAUGUACAAUGGAUGCAUUGAAAUUAUAUGUAAUUGUAUAAAUGGUGCAACAGUAAUAAAAGUUAAAUAAUUUAAAAACA